AGUUGCUCGAUCAUUUUCAAGGUUCAGCCUUCUAGAGUUUCUUGUAAUUGUCGUUUAAGAAGUGAGUUUUUAAAUAGAAAUUCACAUGAUGAGGGUUCUUGUAAUUUACGUUCAAGAAGUUUGUGUUUAUCAUAGGCCAUAUUUUCUUAGUCAUAUCAAUGUCACAUGUGAUGAUAAUGUUGUGCUUUAGUUCUGGUUAGAUGAACUUUCAUUGAAGAAUAAUUAUGGUAAAGCAAUGGCCUCCAAGUCCACAUCAGAAAUUUAAAAAGGUUGAAUUAUCUUCCGGGAUGAAGAACCAUCAGGUCAGAUGUUCGGAAACUUUACCAGGAAGUGAUCCUUCUAUAGGGAGGAGAACAUGGGGAGGAGAAUAUAACUGGAAUUCAAAAGUUGCAUUGCUUCAUGGGUUGAAAAAUGAUUCUGGGAAGUUUAAUUCUUGUAAAGGAGCCCACCUGGGGAAAAGGCAUUUGUGGUUUCGUAGGCAUGUUAGAUCAAUUGCAUGUAUGUUUGUAUUGCUGAGUUUCUUUUUCCUGCUUGAUUCUCUUAUGGUGUCAAUAUUUGAUUCGGUAAAUAUUCGGAAUAGUUCAACCUCGAAAGAUUCAAGAGGGCUUGAGGAGAAUACUGUUGCCUACGUGAACAAAGAUAAACCGCCAAUAAAGAUGCAUGGCCGGCUUCUGAGUUUGGCUUCCAGUGCUCUAGAAGAGAAAGAGAUCAAGCAAGAAAAAGCAAAUUUCUGGAAGGAACCAUAUCAGCAGGCAGCUUUAUGGAAACCCUGUGCUGAUAGGAGAACUCCGAAUAUAGGGAAGCCUGACAAAACUAAUGGCCAUAUUAUGGUGAGUGCAAAUGGUGGUCUCAAUCAACAACGAGUUGCUAUUUGCAAUGCAGUUGCUGUGGCAUCUUUGCUUAAUGCGACUCUAGUUCUUCCGAGGUUUCUUUACAGCAAUGUAUGGAAGGAUCCCAGCCAGUUUGGUGAUAUCUACCAAGAGGAGUAUUUUGUGAACAUGGUGAAGGAUGAAAUAAAUAUUGUCAAAGAGCUUCCUCCUCAUUUGAAAUCUAUAGAUAUUGAAGCAAUCGGCAGCCUAAUUACUGAUGCAGAUAUUGUGAAGGAGGCUAAGCCCAUUGAUUAUGUUAGAAAAGUACUUCCUCUCCUAGCGCAGAACGGAAUCGUUCACUUCCUUGGAUUUGGAAAUCGACUAGGCUUUGAUCCAUUGCCUUCCAAUCUUCAGAGAUUGAGGUGCAAAUGUAACUUCCAUGCGUUGAAGUUUGUCCCAAAAAUUCAACAAGCUGCUUCAACAUUGGUCACAAGGAUAAGAAAAUAUCAUUCUGCACGCAGUGUUCUGGACAAACAAUUGCUUGGAAACUUCAUGCCCAACACUCCCUCCAAACAUCAUGGCAGUGAAAGAGAUCCAUCUAAAUAUCUUGCUUUACAUUUGAGAUUUGAAGAGGAUAUGGUGGCCUACUCCCAAUGUGAUUUCGGAGGUGGAGAAAACGAGAAAAAGGAACUUCAAUCAUACAGAGAAAUCCAUUUCCCUCUGCUGAUUGAACGAUUGAAGAACUCGAAGCCUAUUUCUCAGGCAGAGUUGAGAAAGCUGGGGAGAUGCCCACUGACACCCGAAGAAGCAGCACUUAUUCUAUCUGCUCUUGGUUUUAAGCGUGGAACUUACAUUUAUCUAGCUGGCUCUCAAAUAUAUGGAGGAAAAUCCAGGAUGGAUCCCUUCACCAGCCUCUAUCCAAAUUUGGUAACCAAGGAAACACUCCUCACAAAAAGUGAACUUGAACCUUUUACGAAUUUCUCCUCUCAGCUGGCAGCACUGGAUUUUAUUGCCUGUGCAACUGCUGAUGUAUUUGCCAUGACCGACUCUGGGAGCCAACUAUCAUCUCUGGUGUCCGGAUUCCGAACUUACUAUGGUGGCGGGCAUGCUCCUAACUUGCGACCUAACAAGAAGAGGCUUGCAGCAAUUUUGUCAGAGAACAGCACCAUAGGAUGGAAUGAAUUUGAAGAUAGAGUAAGAAAGAUGAUUGAGGAAGGUCAAAGGGUGCGUGUAAGGGGGUAUGGUCGAAGUAUUUAUCGACAACCAAGGUGCCCAGAAUGCAUGUGCAGAUCAUACUAGAUGUCCUCUGAAUGCUUUUUGAGAACCUUUUAUUCCAAGGAAGGCAAUAUAGAGUUGUAAAUUUUUGUCCCCCUUUUUUUUACUCAUUCAUUCCAUUCAUAAGUUUCAAUAAAUUUUUAUCAUUGUAAUUAAAUAUAAUAGUGUUUGUCGUAUAAGUUAA